GGGCCCAGAGCCAGAGCCUCCAUGGUGAGCCGGGCGCCCGGGGCGCUGGCCCUGGUGCUGGCGCUCAGGCGUAGGCUGUUGAGGCGGGGGCCCCGCCUGGGGCCUCCCGGAGCGCUGGCGCUGGCCUUGGUGCUGACGCUUGCCCUGGCACAGGGCGCAGCGGGCCUGGAGUUUGGCGGUGGCCCUGGCCAGUGGGCGCGCUACGGGCGCUGGGCGGGUGCGGCGAGCAGCGGCGAGCUCAGCUUCAGCCUGCGCACCAACGCCACGCGAGCCCUGCUGCUCUACCUGGACGACGGCGGUAACUGCGACUUCCUGGAGCUGUUGCUGGUGGACGGGCGCCUGCGACUGCGCUUCGCCCUGUCGUGCGCUGAGCCCGCCACGCUGCAUCUAGACACGCCAGUGGCCGACGACCGGUGGCACAUGGUGCUGCUGACUCGCGACGCGCGGCGCACUGCUCUGGCGGUGGACGGCGAAGCUCGCGCUGCCGAGGUGCGCUCCAAGAGGCGCCACAUGGAGGUGGCCAGCGACCUGUUCGUGGGUGGCAUCCCGCCCGACGUGCGGCUAUCGGCGCUCACGCUCAGCACCGUCAAGUACGAGCCGCCCUUCCGCGGGCUGCUGGCUAACCUGAAGCUGGGAGAGCGGCCACCUGCCCUGCUGAGCAGCCAGGGCCUCCGCGGGGGAGCCGCGGACCCACUCUGCGCGGCCCGCAACCCGUGCGCCAACGGCGGCCUGUGCACCGUGCUCGCCCCGGGCGAGGUGGGUUGCGACUGCAGCCACACGGGCUUCGGCGGCAAGUUCUGCAGCGAAGAGGAGCAGCCCAUGGAAGGUCCGGCUCACCUGACGUUAAACAGUGAAGUAGGGUCCUUACUGUUCUCCGAGGGGGGGGCCGGUCGUGGAGGAGCCAGCGAUGUGCACCAGCCGACGAAAGGGAAGGAGGAGUUUGUGGCUACCUUCAAAGGGAACGAGUUCUUCUGCUACGACCUGUCUCACAACCCGAUCCAGAGCAGCACGGAUGAGAUCACAUUGGCCUUCCGGACCUUGCAACGGAACGGCCUCAUGCUGCACACGGGCAAGUCGGCCGACUACGUCAACCUGUCCCUCAAGUCCGGCGCCGUCUGGCUCGUCAUCAACCUCGGAUCCGGCGCCUUUGAGGCCCUGGUGGAGCCUGUCAACGGCAAGUUCAACGACAACGCCUGGCAUGACGUCCGGGUCACACGAAACCUGCGCCAGCACGCAGGGAUUGGACACGCUAUGGUAAACAAACUGCAUUACCUGGUGACCAUCUCAGUGGACGGGAUCCUGACCACCCAGGCUACACCCAGGAAAUACACCAUGUUGGGCUCUGAUGACUUCUUCUACAUCGGGGGCAGCCCCAACACGGCAGACUUGCCGGGUUCUCUCAGCAACAACUUUAUGGGCUGCCUAAAAGAUGUGGUCUAUAAGAACAACGACUUUAAGCUGGAGCUGUCCAGGCUGGCCCGGGAAGGGGACCCCAAGAUGAAACUUCAGGGCGAUCUGUCUUUCCGCUGUGAGGAUGUGGCCGCCCGACCUGUGACCUUUGAGAGCCCUGAGGCCUUUGUGGCUCUGCCCCGCUGGAGCGCCAAGCGCACGGGCUCUGUGUCCCUGGACUUCCGCACCACGGAGCCCAAUGGACUUCUGCUCUUCAGCCAGGGCCGGAGGGCAGGUGGCGGGCAAGGAGGCCAUGGAGCCGCCCGGGCCGACUACUUUGCCAUGGAACUGUUGGAUGGAUACCUGUACCUGCUCCUGGACAUGGGCUCCGGGGGUAUCAAGCUUCGGGCAUCCAACCGGAAGGUCAAUGAUGGGGAAUGGUGCCACGUGGACUUCCAGAGGGACGGGCGCAAAGGCUCCAUUUCAGUGAACAGCAGAAGCACACCCUUUUUGGCCAGUGGGGAGAGUGAGAUCCUGGACUUGGAGAGUGAGCUGUAUUUGGGGGGCCUCCCUGAAGGGGGGCGGGCAGACCUGCCCCUACCCCCUGAAGUGUGGACGGCAGCACUUCGGGCUGGAUACGUGGGCUGUGUUCGGGACCUCUUCAUCGACGGGCGCAGUCGAGACCUUCGGAGUUUGGCUGAAGCCCAAGGGGCUGUGGGGGUUGCCCCCUUCUGUUCACGAGAAACGCUGAAGCAGUGUGGGACAGCCCCCUGCAGAAAUGGGGGAGUCUGCCGAGAAGGCUGGAACCGCUUUGUCUGUGACUGUGUUGGGACAGGCUUCUUGGGCCGGGUCUGUGAAAGAGAGGCCACAGUUCUGAGCUAUGACGGCUCCAUGUACAUGAAGAUCAUGCUCCCCACGGCCAUGCACACCGAAGCUGAGGACGUGUCCUUGCGGUUCAUGUCCCAGCGUGCCUAUGGUCUCAUGAUGGCCACCACCUCCAAGGAGUCUGCGGACACCCUGCGCCUUGAACUGGAUGGGGGGCAGAUGAAGCUCACCGUCAACCUUGACUGCCUGCGCGUCGGCUGCGCACCCAGUAAAGGCCCCGAGACACUCUUUGCUGGACACAAACUCAAUGACAACGAGUGGCACACGGUCCGAGUGGUACGACGUGGCAAGAGUCUGCAGCUGUCCGUGGACAAUGUGACUGUGGAGGGGCAGAUGGCUGGCGCCCAUACGAGGCUGGAGUUCCAUAACAUCGAGACGGGCAUCAUGACUGAGCGGCGCUUCAUCUCUGUGGUGCCCUCGAACUUCAUCGGGCACCUGAGUGGGCUGUUGUUCAAUGGGCAGCCCUACAUGGAUCAAUGCAAAGAUGGCGACAUCACCUACUGUGAGCUCAAUGCCCGCUUCGGCCUGCGGGCCAUAGUGGCCGAUCCUGUCACCUUCAAGAGUCGAGCCAGUUACCUGGCACUCGCCACGCUCCAAGCCUAUGCCUCCAUGCAUCUCUUUUUUCAAUUCAAGACCACGGCUCCCGACGGGCUUCUCCUCUUCAACUCAGGCAAUGGCAACGAUUUCAUCGUUAUUGAGCUGGUCAAGGGGUACAUCCACUAUGUGUUUGAUCUGGGGAAUGGCCCAUCUCUGAUGAAGGGGAACUCAGACAAGCCUGUCAAUGACAACCAAUGGCAUAAUGUCGUGGUAUCAAGGGACCCAGGCAAUGUGCACACGCUCAAGAUUGACUCACGCACAGUCACACAGCACUCCAAUGGUGCCCGGAACCUGGACCUCAAAGGAGAGCUGUACAUCGGUGGUCUGAGCAAGAACAUGUUCAACAAUCUGCCGAAGCUGGUGGCCUCUCGGGAUGGCUUCCAGGGCUGCCUGGCCUCGGUGGACCUCAAUGGCCGCCUCCCAGACCUCAUCGCUGACGCCCUGCACCGGAUCGGGCAGGUGGAGAGGGGCUGUGAUGGCCCCAGCACCACCUGCACCGAGGACUCCUGUGCCAACCAGGGCGUAUGCCUGCAGCAAUGGGACGGCUUCACCUGUGACUGCACCAUGACCUCCUACGGGGGCCCCAUCUGCAAUGACCCUGGGACGACCUACAUCUUUGGGAAGGGCGGGGCACUCAUCACCUACACGUGGCCCCCCAAUGACAGGCCCAGCACGAGGAUGGACCGCCUGGCCGUGGGCUUCAGCACCCACCAGCGCAGUGCUGUCCUGGUGCGGGUGGACAGCGCCUCCGGCCUCGGGGAUUAUUUGCAGCUGCACAUCGACCAGGGCACCGUGGGGGUGAUCUUUAAUGUGGGUACUGAUGACAUCGCCAUUGAUGAGCCCAACGCCAUCGUGAGCGACGGCAAGUACCACGUGGUGCGCUUCACCCGGAGUGGUGGCAAUGCCACCCUGCAAGUGGACAGCUGGCCAGUGAACGAGCGCUAUCCAGCAGGAAACUUUGAUAACGAACGCCUGGCGAUUGCUAGACAGAGAAUCCCCUACCGGCUUGGUCGAGUAGUAGAUGAGUGGCUGCUCGACAAAGGCCGUCAGCUGACCAUCUUCAACAGCCAGGCUGCCAUCAAGAUUGGGGGCCGGGACCAGGGCCGCCCCUUCCAAGGCCAGGUGUCUGGCCUCUACUACAAUGGGCUCAAGGUGCUGGCCCUGGCCGCUGAGAGCGACCCCAAUGUGCGGACUGAGGGCCACCUGCGCCUGGUGGGGGAGGGGCCGUCCGUGCUGCUGAGUGCGGAGACCACAGCCACCACCCUGCUGGCCGACAUGGCCACCACCAUCAUGGAGACCACCACCACCAUGGCCACCACCACCACGAGGAGGGGCCGCUCCCCCACCCUUCGGGACAGCACCACCCAGAACACAGAUGACCUCCUGGUAGCAUCGGCGGAAUGCCCCAGUGAUGAUGAAGACCUGGAGGAGUGUGAGCCUAGUACUGGAGGCGAGUUAAUUUUGCCUAUUAUUACGGAGGACUCCCUAGACCCCCCUCCUGUGGCCACCCGCUCCCCCUUCGUGCCCCCGCCCCCGACUUUCUACCCCUUCCUCACGGGCAUGGGGGCCACCCAAGACACCCUGCCCCCGCCCGGGGCCCGGCGGCCCCCAGCAGGGCCGCCCCCGUGCCAGGGCGGGGAGCAGGAUGACAGCGACUGCGAAGAGCCCAUAGAGGCGUCGGGCUUCGCCUCGGGGGAGGUCUUUGACUCCAGUUUGCCCCCCACGGACGACGAAGACUUUUACACCACCUUCCCCUUGGUCACGGACCGUACCACCCUCUUGUCCCCCCGCAAGCCUCCUCCCCCCCGGCCCAACCUCAGGACAGACGGGGCCACGGGUGCGCCGGGGGUCCUUCUCGCCCCCUCUGCCCUGCCCCCCAAUCUGCCGGCGGGCAAAAUGAACCACCGCGACCCGCUGCAGCCGCUGCUGGAGAACCCGCCGGUGGCGGCGGCCGGGGGCCCCGGGGCGCCCACGUCCUUCGAGCCCCGGCGGCCGCCCCCCGCCCUGGCCCCCGGCGUGACGGCAGCCCCCGGCUUCCCCCGUGUGCCCACAGCCAACCCCACGGGCUCCGAGCGGAGCCCGCCCGGCGCCGUCGAGGUGAUUCGCGAGUCCAGCAGCACCACGGGCAUGGUGGUGGGCAUCGUGGCGGCGGCGGCCCUGUGCAUUCUCAUCCUCCUCUACGCCAUGUACAAGUAUCGCAACCGUGACGAGGGCUCCUACCAGGUGGACCAGAGCCGUAACUACAUCAGCAACUCGGCCCAGAGCAAUGGCGCCGUGGUGAAGGAGAAGGCCCCCGCCGCGCCCAAGGCGCCCGGCAAGGCCAAGAAGAACAAAGACAAGGAAUACUACGUGUGACCGCCCCGGGCCGACGGGGCCCCCCUGCCAGCCGAGCGAGCAGCGGCAGCCCCCGGGGCCAAGGGCCAAGGGCCGCCUCGGACUUCUCUCGCCAAGAGGAAACGCAAAAAAGGAAAAAAAUAGAAAAAG